UAGCGCUGACCAGAGGGGAGGUAUGGCAGCCUGAUGGUGUCUUGAACGCAGAAAGGAACAAUAAGGAAGAGAAUUGCCGGGGUUUCAACGCAGAAUUUCAACACAUUCAACAUUUUCUGUGAAAUUUCAAUCAUAGAAGCAAGCAAGUACCGCCUGUUGAUAAUAGGCAGGACAACUUGGAUUAUAUGUGAGGGGCGAGUCUGUUCUGUCUACCAUGGCCGACAGUGUGGAGGAUAUCGAGAACAACAUGGCGACUGAGGCUCCAGUGCCAACCCAGAACCAGCACCCUGAGCUUGGGGUGACGGGGGUGCGGUCCAGGGGUGGAGGGGGCGGGGCGGAGCAGAACGGACAGCCCCCCUCCACAGCUCCCCCACGACGCCCGCCCCAGGUGGUAGAGAGUGAGGAAGAUGAAGAUGAGGAGCUGACACUGAAGUACGGGGCCAAACACGUCAUCAUGCUCUUCGUCCCUGUCACGCUCUGCAUGGUGGUCGUCGUGGCAACCAUCAAGUCCGUCAGCUUCUACACCCACAACGAUGGACAGAGGCUGAUCUACACCCCGUUCCCUGAGGACACAGACACAAUAGGACAGCGAGCCCUGAACUCAGUCCUCAACGCCACCAUCAUGAUCAGCGUCAUCAUAGUGAUGACUAUGGUGCUGGUGCUGCUAUACAAGUACCGCUUCUACAGGGUGAUCCAAGGCUGGCUGUUCCUCUCUUCUCUCCUCCUCCUGUUCUUCUUCUCCUUCAUCUACCUCAAAGAAGUCUUCAAGACGUACAAUGUGGCGAUGGACUGGAUCACCCUGGCUGUGAUCGUCUGGAACUUCGGGGUGGUAGGGAUGAUCUGUAUCCACUGGAAGGGUCCUCUCCGUCUGCAGCAGGCCUACCUCAUCAUGAUCUCUGCUCUCAUGGCUCUGGUCUUCAUCAAGUACCUGCCUGAGUGGACCGCCUGGCUCAUCCUGGCUGUUAUAUCUGUCUAUGAUCUGCUAGCAGUGCUCUGUCCCAAAGGUCCUCUACGUAUCCUAGUGGAGACUGCUCAGGAGAGGAACGAACCCAUCUUCCCUGCUCUCAUCUACUCCUCGACCAUGGUGUGGCUGGUCAACAUGGCAGACACUGGCCUCGGACACAGACCAAUGACCAGGAAGAACUCAACAGAGGCCCCCAUCACUCAGGCUGAGAGUCUAGCCCUGGCGCUGGGCCCGGCCCCUCUCAGCCCCCCAGAGGAUGACGGAGGGUUCACCCCUAACUGGAUGGGGCAUCAAGAGCAUCAGCUGGGACCCCUCCAGUCCACAGACGAGACCCGACGGGAGAUCCAACAGCUCCCCUCUGCCAGACCACCCGUAAUGGACGAUGAGGACGAUGAGGAGCGGGGAGUGAAGCUGGGUCUAGGAGACUUCAUCUUCUACAGCAUGCUGGUGGGGAAGGCCUCAGCUGCGGCUAGUGGAGACUGGAACACCACUCUGGCCAGCUUCGUAGCCAUACUCAUCGGCCUGUGUUUGACUCUUCUUCUCCUGGCCAUCUUUAAGAAGGCCCUCCCUGCUCUCCCCAUCUCCAUCUUCUUUGGCUUGGUGUUCUACUUCGCGACAGACAACCUGGUCAGACCCUUUAUGGACCAGCUGGCUCUGCACCAGUUCUACAUUUAGCAGGACGUCCCCCCUGCCCUCGCCACACCCCACGGGAGCUCCCAUCGUCUUCGCCAGGGGUGUAUUCAUUAGUGCACAGCGUAGCGAAACGUUUUUGAAAUGGAAAUCUUUUUUUUUUUUUUUUUUACCAAAUCAGGUAGGUCCCUCACCCCGUUUUCAUCCUGUUUUUGUUCGGUUUGGUUUCCUAGUGAAUACACCCUGUGCCAGAGCUCAACCCCCUAACAAGGGACCAGGGGCAAUGCGGGGGGCGUCUCCUGUCUCAUGACUGGACUGGACUUUAUUUUAGUUUUCAUUCUGCCUGGGCUUGGAGGGGGGGGGUUCCCCCCAGUCCUAACCAUGAUGACUUUUGAUUUGUUUAUACUGGCCUCGUUUUAAAAAGUGAUUGAUUUGCCUUCUAAGGUUAGAGGUCACGGUGAGUUGAACUGCAGUGGGUACUACCACAGAGCUAGAAUGAGUUGAUGAUUCUAAUGUUGUUUUGGCGUCACACCCCCCACCACAAAAAUAAAGAAGAAGAAUCCUGACUGGCUGGCCUCCUGAGAAAAGUACUUCAGAGGGGACUUUUAAUAAAACCCAACUGGUGGUUUGGUCCUUUUAACACUCACGAUGAUUUAACUGAUGAUGAUGAGUGGUAAAUGUUUUUGAAUAAUUCUAGUUUGAUUGUUCUUCUUGAAUUGAACUGUCAAUAGCCAGACCUUUUGCUUUGUCCAUCCAUCACAACUCCCAAGGUUGUAUCCCAAAUGGUACCCUAUUCCCUCUAUGGUGCCCAGGGCCUUGAUCAUAAGUAGUGCACUAAAUAGGGAAAAGGGUGCCAUUCGUCCUGCAUUCCAGGAUUCAUUUCCAUGUUUUGUUUAUUGUUUUUCAGUCAGACGUUCAGACCGUGAAACCAAAGGGCCUGUGAGUUUUACACAGUGUUUGCUGGCCCACAACGCUUCUUUUUACUGAACAGGGUGGUUUGAAACUGUAGCAAUUGGAUCAACGCCUAUAGCAGCUUUGAGUUCUGUCACCACCACCACCCUGCAUCAUAAAACACCACGGUUUGGUUGACCGUGUCUAAAUCUAUACGUGUUGUUGAUUCUAGCCUGAUUCCAGUGUUUGUCAUGACAAUGGCAGGGUUGGGGUCAAUUCCAUUUUAAAUUCCAGUCGGUUCAGGAAGUACACUGAAAUUCCAAUUCCAUAUAUCUCCAAUGCUUUUCAAUGAGGAAAAUGUGGAAUUGGAAUUUGUUUUACUCUCUGUAUUGACUGGAUUUGGAAUGGAAUGGAAUUGACCCCAACCGUGAUGAGUGAGUGACAGGGAGUUGACAUGUUAGCACAAACAGAUCUGGGACCAGGUGAUGUUGAUUGAUCCACACUAGAAUCAUCAGUGUCUCUGCUGUUGUGGCCUGGUUCUGUCCAACAGUCUGUUUCUCCUCAUGGAAACAAACAGAAUCUUUUGGCAUGACGUCAUGACAAUUAAAUUGACAAGGAGUUGACAUGAUAGCACAAACAGAUCUGGGACCAGGCUUCCUCUGUCCUAUUCUGCUUUCAUGACGAGCAAAAAAGUUGAUCAUGUGUGGCGUCGAACUGUUAGGCCCACCUAGUUCUUUAAGGGCUGGUUUUCAUGGACACAUAUUAGGCUUAGUCCUAGAACUAAAAAUACCCAUUGAAAUCAUAUUUUAGUCCAGGGCUUUGCUUAAUCAGUGUCUAGGAAACGGGCCCUAGCGUUGCACUCCAGUUAAACUCUUUGCUGCAGAGUGACCUGCACAUGAGGUCAUAAUGACAUGAAAUGAUGAGGUCAUAAUGACAUGAAAUGAUGAGGUCAUAAUGACAUGAAAUGAUGAGGUCAUAAUGACAUGAAAUGAUGAGGGCAUAAUGACAUGAAAUGAUGAGGUCAUAAUGACAUGAAAUGAUGAGGUCAUAAUGACAUGAAAUGAUGAGGGCAUAAUGACAUGAAAUGAUGAGGUCAUAAUGACAUGAAAUGAUGAGGUCAUAAUGACAUGAAGUGACGAGGUCAUUGUGGUGAUUUCUUACUUUGUAAAGAUUAUGUUGGGUAACUGUCUUUUCUCUCCACGUGCAUUAUGCAAGGUUGUUCAUUUCCUUUUUUUAAAUAAAUGAAUCAAGAAAUAAACAAAGGUAGCAUAUCAGUAAUUUCUUGAAAAUGUUUCAGUAGAUUCAUAAAUAAAUGUGGGAACCCUUUCCCUUAGUUACAA